GGAUAAUUAUUAUUUUUUUCAAAGGGCUGUAGGUGAAGAGCACCUUCUUCUUUUCUUAUCUACUUCAAGUUACAGGCAGGAAGGUUCCCGUUUGGGUCAAUCCGUAAGUCUAUCGGCAAAAUAAGCGGAUUGGUUUUAUAAAAGCCUCUCAAAGUCUAAGCGAGUCGGCAGCCAAUCGCCCCGCAUCACGCCACCACGAAGGUGGGGAGGCCCCGUUUAUCUGGACCAGUUUCGGUCUCCUGUCUCCACACCUACGCGGCAUUUUCUUUCAUUCCUCAAGUUUCUGCACUAAACUCGAUAACGGUGUCUUCAGCUCUCGAUAUGUCGUCGCCUGUGGAGAGCAGCUACACAUACGAGGACUACAAAAAAACAGCAGACUGGCUGAUGGCUACGAUAGAACAGAAGCCCAAAGUAGCCAUCAUCUGUGGCUCCGGUCUGGGAGGGUUAGCAGAUCUGCUGCAGAACAAGACUGUAUUGUCAUACAAAGAGAUCCCAGACUUCCCCCAGAGCACAGUGCAUGGUCAUGCUGGUCAGCUGGUGUUUGGAGAGCUGAAUGGGAAGUUCUGUGUCUGCAUGCAAGGCCGUUUCCACUUUUACGAAGGUUACAGCUGCUCUAAGGUGACAUACCCAGUACGAGUGUUCUCCCUACUUGGGGUGGAGACGUUAAUUGUCACUAACGCUGCCGGGGGACUGAACUCCACAUUCAAGGUGGGCGACAUCAUGUUGAUCAAGGACCACAUUAAUUUCCCCGGAAUGGCAGGCCAGAGUCCCUUACGCGGCCCCAAUGAAGAGCGGUUCGGCCUUCGCUUCCCCUGCAUGUCAGACGCGUAUGACCAGGACUUGCUGCGCCUGGCCAAGCAGACCGCAGAAAAGGAAAACUGCGUUCUUCAGGAGGGAGUGUACUGUAUGGUGGGAGGCCCCACGUAUGAGACUGUCGCUGAGUGCAGGCUGCUGCGGACUCUGGGGGCCGAUGCUGUCGGGAUGAGCACGGUGCCCGAGGUGGUGGUGGCCCGCCACUGCCGCCUCCGUGUUCUUGGUCUGUCCAUCAUCACCAACAUGGUGGUGAGUGACUAUAACUGCACUAACCAUGCCAAUCACGAGGAGGUGCUGGAGGCCAUUGAAAGGAGGGCUAAGGAUCUGCAGAAGCUGGUCAGCAACCUGGUGUCCCAAAUAUGACCUGUUGGUGUGGAUGGGUGCUACUUCCUAUGAAAUAAUAAUCACAAGUUAACCAGUCAUUACAAUUGUGCUGUCAAAACCCACGCCUUACAAUACAGAAAUAGUAUACACUCCUAACUUGAUUAACAGCACUUUCACAUACAAGGUUCAUUAAAAAAAUGACACUGCACUUUGCCUUAAAAGAAUCUCCAGUAAUUGUGGAUAGCAUCUAUAAGUGUAAGUGACACUAAGGUGAGCACCUAAUCCAUGUUCUUGCUGUGUGCUGGUUGGUCAGUCUCUUAUAAUCAUGCAUGUGUCACUAAUGUUGAUGUGAAACAGCUGCAUGAAUCUUUCAAUCAAGGAAACAAACCAGUCAAAGAAGAAUUGAACUAAUCAGCCAAACACAGUAGCCUUACAGUUUUAAAGUAGAUUGUAAAACCUGAAGUAGCUCAAAGUGACCCCCCCCAAUUAGGUGGCCACCCUAACUGACAAGGAUAUGGCAGAGAUGGGGUUCUGGGUAUAGGGUGGACUCUGCAGUGUGUUAUAUUUUCUUUAUGUUUUCAGCAUGGACCGUGGAAGGCAUCUGAGUACGGGAGGGCGGGGACUGGGAGGGGUAUGGAGGGUGGCCCCCCCGGUGCUGCAAUCCAUGGUAUUUAGCCAAAAAUGCUUUAUUUGGUGAUGGGCGAUUGGCUACAUUUCUAUUGCUGGUGUCCAUGUGGUGGUUCAGUCUUCCAUAAUCAAUGCACUUUAUGCAGACAAUGUGCCUUCCACAAAUGUUUUAUUGCUAUGGGUAUUUUGCUAUGAAUUACUAAACUGGUUCUUACUACAUAAAUAUUAAAACAAAUGUAAAGCAUCCUAAUUCUUUAAUGCAAGCUAAUCAUGUACCGUAUGCGUGCACAAUCAGUUUACCAAGAGCAGAGACACGAUUCUUCAUUUUUGUUCAUGUUUUAAAUCAAAAUAUGUUGAUUACUGAUGUAUGAAAAUAAAUGGUAGUGAAGAUGC